AAUGGGCAUAAAAGUGGAUAGAAAACAGAGAGUCAGAGAGAGAGAGAGAGAGAGAGAGAGGGAGAGAGAGAAAGAAACAAAAAAAAAGAAAAAAAAAGAGAGAGAGAGAGAGAGAGAGAGAGAAAGAAAAGAAAGGAAUGUUUCUUUACUUAAUACAGUCGCUGUUGGCCGUAAUCAACCGUUAAAGCCAGAUAGGCAUCGCUGGUCGAGCGAAGUACCAUGGUCUAGAAAAAAAUUAGAAGCUGAACGAGAAGCUUUUUGGGACACUGCACCUGCGUAUGAUGGAAGACGAGAAAUUUGGGAUGCCUUGAAAGCGGCUGCUGAUGCAGUUGAAAGUGGUGACGUCCAAAUGGCCCAGGCCAUACUAGACGGCGCAAAUGUUAGCCUCCCAAACGGAACACUUAUGGACUGUUAUGAUGAAUUAGGUACUCAUUAUUCUCUACCAAAAUACGCCGUUGUUCCACCAAAUAACUUGACUAGCGAUGAACAACUAGAAAACACACCUAAAGAAGAGAGACAAGAAUCUAGGUGCCCACCAGGUGCCCAUGUACCAAUAAAAUUUCGACUGUAUGGAAAUCGGGAUGUAAGAUUAGUUGUUAGAACCACCGAUACGGUUGCAGCAGUUAAAGAACAAUUAUGUAAUGAGGAAGGUAUCGAAGCUUCGAAGCAACGUUGGUACUUUUCAGGUAGACAUUUAAAAGAUAGAAUGCGAAUCGAGGAAGCUAAAAUCCCUAAGGGUUUCGUUGUACAAGUUAUCAUCAACGACGCACCGUCUAGCGUAUCCAAUUGA